AUGAGUCACUCGCUGAAUGUAAACAAACCUCCACCUGGCGGCACAAGUGUAAACAAACCUCCACCUGGCGGCACAAACGUAAACAAACCUCCACCUGGCGGCACAAACGUAAACAAACCUCCACCUGGCGGCACAAACGUAAACAAACCUCCACCUGGCGGCACAAACGUAAACAAACCUCCACCUGGCGGCACAAACGUAAACAAACCUCCACCUGGUGGCACAAACGUAAACAAACCUCCACCUGGCGGCACAAACGUAAACAAACCUCCACCUGGCGGCACAAACGUAAACAAACCUCCACCUGGUGGCACAAACGUAAACAAACCUCCACCUGGCGGCACAAACGUAGACAAACCUCCACCUGGCGGCACAAACGUAAACAAACCUCCACCUGGCGGCACAAACGUAAACAAACCUCCACCUGGUGGCACAAACGUAAACAAACCUCCACCUGGCGGCACAAACGUAAACAAACCUCCACCUGGCGGCACAAACGUAAACAAACCUCCACCUGGCGGCACAAACGUAAACAAACCUCCACCUGGCGGCACAAACGUAAACAAACCUCCACCUGGCGGCACAAACGUAAACAAACCUCCACCUGGCGGCACAAGCGUAAACAAACCUCCACCUGGCGGCACAAGCGUAAACAAACCUCCACCUGGCGGCACAAGCGUAAACAAACCUCCACCUGGCGGCACAAGCGUAAACAAACCUCCACCUGGCGGCACAAACGUAAACAAACCUCCACCUGGCGGCACAAACGUAAACAAACCUCCACCUGGCGGCACAAACGUAAACAAACCUCCACCUGGCGGCACAAACGUAAACAAACCUCCACCUGGCGGCACAAACGUAAACAAACCUCCACCUGGCGGCACAAACGUAAACAAACAUCCACCUGGCGGCACAAACGUAAACAAACCUCCACCUGGCGGCACAAGCGUAAACAAACCUCCACCUGGCGGCACAAGCGUAAACAAACCUCCACCUUGCGGCACAAGCGUAAACAAACCUCCACCUGGCGGCACAAACGUAAACAAACCUCCACCUGGUGGCACAAACGUAAACAAACCUCCACCUGGCGGCACAAACGUAAACAAACCUCCACCUGGCGGCACAAACGUAAACAAACCUCCACCUGGCGGCACAAACGUAAACAAACCUCCACCUGGCGGCACAAACGUAAACAAACCUCCACCUGGCGGCACAAACGUAAACAAACCUCCACCUGGCGGCACAAACGUAAACAAACCUCCACCUGGCGGCACAAACGUAAACAAACCUCCACCUGGCGGCACAAGCGUGAACAAACCUCCACCUGGCGGCACAAGCGUAAAGAAAAAGACUUUCUCCGCCUGGAAAAGGAGCCGUGUGAACGCCAAUGAACUAUUGCGCAACCCCAGUCCCUGGUUUAGGCCGUGGCCUCGGUCAUGA